GAACCGUCCGAUCAAUAUUAACAGCCGACAUUGAAAACCUGUCCACUGCAGCGAAUCUCAAUCCAUGGUAACAUAAAGAAUACUGUUGAACCAUAAUUGAACCGUUAAAAGAAAGAAAAUAAUUGAACUGCAACAGUAAUAAAAUAACUGACAAACAGUUACUCCAAUCCUCUGUCAUAGAAAACAAAAUAAUACUGAAAAUGAAAGAUGUGUAGUAUGAGUCUGAUAUUAGCAAGGACUUUGCUAGAAGAAGAGAUGAAGAAGAAGCUGAAAAAUGGUUGGUGAUAUUUGGCAGCCAAUGGUCCCCACACAUUGAAUGCCAUUGUUUCUGCAUUAUUAUAUGUCAUCUCUCUUUUCUCUAACCUUUGUUUCAACUCAGCAUUCUCUUCCUUCCACCUGUCCACAUCACAAUCUACUGUAUCUCACAAUACACAAAUCAUUAUUUUCUCUUCCUUUCAUCUCUCUCUCAACACUAUCACCACCUGAUUCUAUAUAUAGAGUGUUUUUGAAGUAUUCUUUGUUCACUCCAAAGGAGAAUCUCAGAAUCAUGGAGGAGGUUGAAGCCACUGCCCCUUCUCCACCUCCACCUCGCCGUGUUCUUCUUAUAUCUGCCGGUGCUAGCCACUCUGUUGCUCUUCUAUCUGGAAAUGUUGUUUGCUCUUGGGGUAGGGGAGAGGAUGGACAAUUAGGUCAUGGUAGUACUGAUGAUAGACUUUUGCCUACUCAACUCAGUGCAUUGGAUUCUCAACAAAUUGUAUCUGUUGUUUGUGGAGCUGAUCAUACUAUUGCUUAUUCCGAAUCACGCGUCGAAGUAUAUAGUUGGGGAUGGGGUGACUUUGGACGGUUGGGUCAUGGUAAUUCUAGUGAUUUGUUCAUUCCUCAGCCUAUUAGAGCAUUACAAGGACUACGGAUAAAGCAAAUUGCUUGCGGGGAUAGCCACUGUUUGGCAGUUACUAUGGAUGGCGAGGUUCAGAGUUGGGGGCGGAAUCAAAAUGGUCAACUUGGACUAGGUACCGUAGAGGACUCACUUGUGCCACAAAAGAUUCAAACAUUUCAGGGGAUACCUAUCAAAAUGGUUGCUGCUGGUGCUGAACAUAGUGUAGCCAUCACUGAAAAUGGAGAGCUGUACGGAUGGGGUUGGGGCCGAUACGGAAACUUGGGAUUGGGAGAUAGAAAUGAUCGUUGUAUUCCAGAGAAGGUUUCUUCUGUUGAUCGUGACAAGAUGGUCUUGGUUGCUUGUGGCUGGCGGCAUACAAUAUCUGUUUCAUCGUCUGGUGAACUAUACACAUAUGGAUGGAGCAAAUAUGGCCAACUAGGUCAUGGAGAUUGUGAAGAUCAUCUUGUGCCUCACAAGCUUCAAGCCUUGAGUGAUAAGUUAAUUUGUCAGGUAUCAGGUGGUUGGAGGCAUACUAUGGCUCUCACUACUGGUGGACUGCUUUAUGGAUGGGGUUGGAAUAAGUUUGGACAAGUUGGAGUUGGUGACAAUGUUGAUCGAUGUGCUCCUGUGCAAGUGAAGUUUCCCCAUGAUCAGAAAGUAGUUCAGAUCUCAUGUGGGUGGAGACACACUAUUGCUGUUACUGAAAAAGACAAUGUAUAUUCUUGGGGAAGAGGCACAAAUGGACAACUUGGGAUUGGGGAUACCAUUGACUGGAAUUCUCCAAAGAUUAUCGAGGCUUUGAGCGUUGAUGGAUCUUGUGGGCAGCACAUAGAAUCCUCAAACACAGAUCAAUUAUCAGGAAAAACUUUUGCUUCCUUAGCCGAGAGAUAUGCAGUUGUACCAGACGAAACUGCGUCGGCGCAAACUGUAGAUAGGCUCGAUCUUAGUGUCCCAGAAAGUGAUGUCAAACGGAUCCGGGUUUGAUACCCUAAAUAUCUCCAUUUGACGAGCAUUGCAUCUUGUUCUUAUCAGUCGAUGGGGAUGAGCUUCCACUUCUAUCAUUUUGGCAAUUAACAUGAUUAUUGUAGAUUACUAAUAUAUAUGGCAAGUUAUGAGAAAUAUUGCUUGUGAUAUCACUAUUCGAUAUAUAUAUCUAUAUUAUCAAUAAGAAAACAUUUACUAUA